ACUUCGUUUGGAGAGAACUUGAAAACAUUCAGGCACCAUCAUUUCCUGCGUUUUGCUAGCUUGCACUUUGCUGAGAGGCUCUUCACAUCCCUACUGGGGGAGGAGGCAAGACUUGUUAAAACAAGUUGUAAAGCUAGCGCAGGGUCAGCCAAGGCUGGGGAGCUGGUGGGAUAAUGCAAACAAUUUCUUCAUAUUUUUACCCAAAUCUUGGGAGGGGUCCAGGGUGAAUGAGAUGGUGGUGAGGAGUAGGCUGGAGAAGAAAAUGACCGUUCUGAGCCACACCUCAACUGGACCGGCUCCAAAUUUCUUGUGUCUGUGCUCUUAGGAACUGAACUGGGCUGCUUGUCCUUCCCUUGUCUGUACACAGAUUCUGGUCAGGAGACCCUCCUGAGUCCCAGCCUAGCUCGAGUCCUGCCUCAGCCUGGUCUGUAGUGGCAUUUCUCCUGCCCUCUUCAGUCUGCAGUUGUGUGAGCCAGGAAGUUUGUGUGUGUCCCCAGCGCAAGCCCCUCCCUGGCCCCGCUGCUUCUGAGUGCUCACUCUGUGACCUGGCAUGCUCAACUUCCUUUGGGCUGCACUUGAGCCUCUGUUGAUUGGAACCUAUUUCUAGAAACCUCUUCCUCCCCAGAAAACACUCAGAAAUUCUUCUGCCCAGGGAUCUGCGCCCUAGAACACUGGUCACUCCUUUUUCGUCUUCACAGCUCUUGACCCUCCCUUAGGAUUUUACUUUUCCUGGCCUCAAGGACUCCGCAGCUACUGUCCCCAACUGAGGGAUGGAGGAAAGGAAGCAGGCUGAGCAUGGAGUCUCCGAGGCUGAGAAAGUUCAGCAGAUGGGUACCAGCAGUGGGAGCCAAGAGAACCUGUCCAAGCAGAGCUACAGCAUGCCCCGACUGCAGCUUCUCCUGCUGGGGAAACAGGGUGUAGGAAAGAGCGCCACAGGAAACACCAUUCUGGGCAAAGUUAUGUUCAAGUCUGAGUGCAGUCAACAGAUGGUGACCAAAAUGUGCCAGAGAGAGAGUGGGAUCGUGAGAGGGAAGGAGACUGUGGUCGUUGACACCCCUGACCUUUUCUCCCCAAUAGAGAGUGCUGAAGUCAAGCAAUGCAGCAUAAAACAGUGCUUGGAUCUCUUUGCUUCCCCACUGUGUGUGCUUAUCUUGGUCAUUGCCAUUGGCCAUUACACAAAAGAGGAUGAGGAGACCAUGAAGGGCAUCCAGGAGGUGUUUGGAGCUGAAGCCUGGAGGCGUAUCAUUAUUGUCUUCACUCAGAAGGAUGACCUAGGCGCUGCACUACUGCAAGACUACAUUAAAAACAAGGAGUCUCUCAAGGCGUUGGUUCAGAAUGUCGGUGGCCGGUACUGCGUCUUCAACAACAAGGCAGAUGAGGCUGAGCGGGCCUCCCAGGUGUCAGAUCUCUUCCGAGAGAUCAAGCGUCUGGUGGAGCUGAAUCCAAGUUCUGGUUGUGUGGACUUCAGAGUGGAAGGCAGCAGAUUCCAGGAUUCCAUGGAUGAAGCUACACACCAGGAAGGGGAUGAACUUUGUGGCUCGGCGGAGAGACAGCUGCAGACCCCAGGACCUGAACAGGUCUCAGGGAUCCCAGAACUGAGGAUCCUUCUUGUGGGGAAGCGCGGUGUUGGAAAAAGCACAGCUGGAAACAUCAUUCUGCAAAGGCACGCCUUUAAGACUCAAUUCAGCGAGGAGUCCGUAACCCAGACAUUUAGGUCUGAGAGCAGGGUCUGGAGAGGGAAGAAAGUUUUGGUCAUCGAUGCUCCAGACAUCUCUUCAAUGAAGGAUGCUGAGUCUGAGCUUAGGAAGCACAUCUUUCCAGGCCCUCAUGUCUUCCUGCUGGUGACACCGGUGGGCUCUUUCAACAGGAAAGAUGAGAUGGUGGUACAGUCCAUCAAAAUCAACUUUGGAGACAAGUACAUUAAGCACAUGUUCAUUCUCCUGACCAGGGAAGAAGAUUUAGAGAGUCCGGAUCAGGAUAUAGCUACAUUCUUAAGAGAAAACGCACGUCUCAAUGACCUUAUCCAGAAGUGUCAAGAGAGAUACAGCACUUUCAACAACCAGGCAAAGGUGGAGGAGAAGCGUAUCCAGGUGGAUAAACUUCUGCAGAAUGUGGAUAACAUGGUGCACCAGAAUGGCAAUGUGCCUUGCAUCUUCAGAGAGAAAGUCUUUCUCAAUUUCCUCUGCACAGAAACCAUCAGCUUUAUCCUUGUGGGGAGGAGUGGAACCGGGAAGAGUGCAACCGGGAACACUAUCCUGGGGAAACCGGUCUUCCCAUCUCAACUUCGAGCCAGACCAGUCACGGAGACUUGCCAGAGUGGCAGGAGGACAUUGGACAGCCAGGAUGUUGUGGUUGUGGACACUCCAUCAAUCACCCAAAUAUCUGAUGGUGAAAAGCAAUCGUGGUCAGAGAAGGAGGUCCAAUUCUGUUAUUCCCUCUGUGAAGAAGGAACCAAGAUUUUUGUCCUUGUGGUCCAGCUGGGACGAUUCACCCAAGAGGACACAGCAGCAGUAGAGCACCUGGAAGCCAUCUUUGGAGAGGAGGUUAUGAAAUACGCCAUUGUGCUGUUCACCCGGAAGGAAGAUCUUAGGGAUGAGAAGCUUGAAGAUUACAUUAAGAAUACAGAUAACAAAGACCUUAAGAAAAUCAUUAAAAAGUGUGGGUGGCGAGUCUGUGCUUUUAGUAACAGAGAGACUGACCAAUCUCAGGAGACCCAGGUGAAAGAACUUUUGCAAAUGGCCAAUAAUCUGAGAAAUAACUGUAGUGGGCAUGGGUAUUCCUGUACAUGGGAGGAUAUACUCCAUCGAAUUAAAAAUGCCCUGGAAAAGUCCAAUCCCAAAAAUAUGUUAAGGAAUUUAAAAGAUAAGUUAAGAUAAGUGGCUGAAAGGCCUGGGGUCUUUUCAAGUUAAGGACACAACACAAUCAGGCUGGGGGAGGGUGUCCUUAACUUGAAAUCAGGCUGGGGGAGGCUGGGAUUGUCCCUAGCUUUGAAAGUUUAAAAGGCAAAUGCAUCCCACUUAGGAUGCUAUGGCUAUUUUAGGUAAAUAAAUUGUAGAUUGGGAAAAGUAGUAGGGAAUUAUAAAAGGACCAAGAGGGAAGUAGGUGGAGGAAUCUAAAAAAAGUUAUGAACAUUCGGCUGAUAUUAGGUUCAGAAUCAAGUCACGAAAAUCAGCUCACCAACAUAGACAAGAUUGAGUCAGGAUAGACACCGUGACCAUGCUCCAGGUCAGCAUGGGGUCAGAAUGAAUGUAGAGAGUUCCAUAGGAAGCAGGGUAUCCAGAUGCAUAGAACAAGGGCACUGGCAUGGGCCUCUCUGUUGCCCAGUCUGUCUGCCAGGCCCACUCCCACUGGUUCCAUGAGCUCUCCUUCCUCCUUUGGGGCAGGACUCGGGGCUACCCUGUUUCUUUCUGCAUAUUGUAGCUGUUUUUCAGUGCUCUUCUCAUUGCACACCUAGAUGUAAAGUGAAAUACAGUCUCUCUUUCCUUUUUGUUCUUGAGGAAAUGAGGAUUUCAAGAGAUUUUAUAGUAAACAUCACAGUGAAAUAGAAUAGAACAAAAAUCAGAAGCACAAUAAAAUUACCCAAAUUAGAAACUGCUGGAAAGUUUUAAAAUUCUAACUUUAAUAGAUUUCCUGUGGAGAAGUUUAUUGGAAACUCUUUUUGCACUCUAUCCCCCUUUUUAUAUCUUUGAGGGAUGGUUAGGAUAUAUGUUAAAACUCAGACAAAUCAAAUGAUAAUGGCUUAAAUAUAUUAGAGUGUAUUGUAUCAUGUCAAGAAGUCUUGGACUAUGUCGUCUGGAGCUUUUGGGCACCAAAAAUCCAGCUUUAUUCUGUCUUCUUCCCCAAUUUCAAUGGGAAGUAGUUGCUCACUCAAGUUUGCUUCUUGUUUCCAAGAUGGUGGCCUUCUAUCCAUAGCUGAGCAGAUUCUAUUGGAAGCUGCCUGGGGUGUGCAAAAUGUGAGAUGAGAAAUACAGCAUGCUCUCCAUGGUAGUUAGAGGGUCAAAUGUUUUCAGUAUCAGCCAAUUUAUACCAGCUUCAAGGACAGGAUUCAUGUCACAUGGAUUUUCCCCUUGAUAAUAUAUAAGGUUGCCUUCAAGAUUAACCUGUGUAUAAGACCAUAGGCUGUCAUCAUUAAUGUCCUAGAAAACCUGUGUGUAAUAACACAACCUGUGUGUGUCACAACAUAACUCCUAGAAAACGUGUAUGUAAAUGUAUUGAGCUGAAUCAAACAAUAAAGAUGAA